CUCCGUCUAGCCGUAAAGCGUCGCCAUGGGAGACGCAAUGCAGGAAGUAAAUUCCGUAGAUGUUUUGAUAGCAUGAACACAUCGCUAUAAAAUACCUGUAUUUCUAUUACAUGUUGUGGUUUUUUUACUAUUGGUUCUGAACAUUUGUUUUAAUAACUUAACUGAUCCACUCUGAGGAGAACAUUUCGGUCCGUGAAACUGUCAAGUUUUCCAUCAGAUACAGAGGCCCUCACUUUCGGAACAGUUUACCCGGUCAUAUAACAAGUCACACAAACUUCAACUCAUUCAAGAAACAAACCAUACACUUUCUAUUAGGUGACGAUACCAACAGCCCAUGAGUCGAAGUCGGAAUCCUCCACCCCGGGGUCAAGGGGCAGCGCGAGCCAAACAGAUGGGGCUACUCCUUCACCUGACGCCCGAUGGAGGGAUGAAUGAUGAUGGAAACGAUGAAGACCUGGAGGCAGAGCUGCUGAAUCUGGUAGGAGGAGGUGGCGGAGAGAAAUCACAAGGGAAGAAAGGUGAUGGCAGAGCUCCUGUUGCCAUGGCUGAAAUAGAACAGAUGGCAGCCCUCUGUAUGAAAGACCUGGAUGAUGAGGAAAUCGAUGAUGACGAUUUGGAUGAUGACGACCUGCUGGCAGAACUGAAUGAGGUUUUAGAGGAUGAUGAGGCUGAAACUCCUACUCCCACUCCUCCUGCCAUCACACCAAGUGCGUCCAAAGCGAGCAUCACACCCCACCCUUCUCCACCAGCUGCUCCUAGUGGUGCAACAGGGGUGGAGGCCCAGCUAUUGGAACGCAUUGAUAUGUACAAGACGGCAUUAUCCAAUGGCAAGGCUGCCGGAGAGACCAGCAAAGUUCGAAGAUAUGACCGUGGGUUAAAGACACUUCAGUCCAUGUUGACAUCUGUCAGGAAAGGAAAACCAAUCAAUGAAGAGGAGAUCCCGCCUCCUGUUGCUCUCGGUGGAAAACCCAACACAGCAGCUGAGCCUGAAUCGGUCAAAGAACGACAAGUGCCAGAGCCAACACUGAUGCCCAGUCCUCCCACGAAUCAGAAACCCCUCAGGGAGGCUGCACCAGCAGCUCCUAAUACAAAACCGGCCCAUCUGACCCCUUCCCAGAAACCUGCUGCAGCCAUCACCCCAGAAACGCCUGCCAUCUCCCCCCUUACUCCCAGCCAGCCAGACGCACAGCACUCAGAGCUGAAACAGGCAGUGUUAUCCAGACAGAGGGAGUACAAGCUGGCCGCCAUACAAGCUAAACAGAGUGGAGACAUCGACCUGGCCAAACAGCACUACCUCACUGCCAAGAAGCUCGACAUUCUCCUGGAGGCUGUGGACCGAGACGAACCUGUAGACCUGUGUUCACUUCCUGCUCCUCCUGGAGACAUAGUAGAUAGCAGUGCACCCUCUCCUCCUCAGUCGUCCUCUAAACCUGCUGCCCCUGCUGCACCCGCUGCUCCUCCACCCGCCCAGGUGUCCACAGCCGACCUCCCAGCUCCAAGCAGUAUUGCAGAAGCCCUGCAGCAGAGGAUGGAUAUUUACAAGUCAGCAGCAGAGGGAGCCAAGACCAAAGGAGAUGAUCGCAAGUCGCGCAUGCACCAGCGCAUUGUGAAGCAAUACCAGGACUCCAUCAGAGCUCACAAAGCUGGAAAACCUGUCAGCCUGUCCGAUCUGCCCGUGCCACCAGGCUGUCCACCACUUCAGGGCUCAGAGGGGGGGCAGCAGAACUUCAUGGGCGUCCUGGAAACAGCCAUGAAAAUAGCCAAUCAGGAUGCAGACGCAGAGGAUGAGGAAGAGGAAGGACAAAGAGAGGCAGCAAAGCCUGCAGCUCGUCCGUCCGCACAGAAAGUCAAGUCUGCGGCCCCUCAGGCGCCCGGGGGUUUAAGACUGGGACCUAAAGCUCAGCAGCAAGUGGAUUUCCUGUUGCUAAGGCGACAAGCUUUUAUGCGUGCAGCACUGCGCUCCAAACAGAUGAAGGACAUGAACGGAGCCACCAACCACCUCAGACACGCAAAGGGACUGGACCCCAUGAUCACUGCUGCCAAGAGCGGCCUACCUGUUGAUAUCACCAAGAUUCCUGGUGCUCCAGUCAGUGAGGAGGACUACUCCCUGGCUCGCUCCCGGUCCUCCCCUCUCUCCCCUCGCUCCAGCGAACAGUACCACGGCCUCAUGGAUCUCAUGCGGAAGCAGCACGAGAAAUGUCUGAGCAACUGUCAACAGUUUACACAGAUGGGCAGCGUGCCCGAGGCUCUGAAGUUUGAGAAGCUUUGUGAGGAGAGUAUGAAGAGCAUUGAGAUACUGAAGAAUGCCCACGCCAAGGGCCAGCCAGUCCCCAAGUGCCGCACCGAGGAGAGGACCUUCAACACCGUCAAGAUCUACCCCAACCUGACACUCAAUGAGCUGAUGCUGUACGUCAUUCGAGGAAUAAACCUCCCGGUUCCCUCAGGCGUCUCACCCAACGAUCUGGAUGCCAGUGUGAAGUUCGAGUUUCCAUUCCCCAGUGCCGAGGAGGCUCAGAGAGACAAAACCAACACAGUGAAGAGCACCAACAGUCCAGAGUUUAAAGAGCAGUUCAAACUCAACAUCAGCCGUGCGCACCGGGGCUUUAAACGGGUUGUCCAGUCCAAAGGCAUCAAGUUUGAAGUUCUGCACAAGGGAGGCUUGUUUAAGAAUGACAAAGUCGUGGGAACUGCUCAGCUGAAGCUGGAGGCUCUGGAAAACCACUGUAGUGUCAGAGAGAUCAUUGAGGUGAUGGAUGGACGUAAAGCUACAGGUGGCAAGCUGGAGGUGAGGGUGAAGAUCAGAGAACCUUUAACGGGAGUCGACCUCCAGCCGGUGACGGAGAAGUGGCUCGUUCUGGAGCCGGUGUCCUCACUCUCUCCUCCAGAGAGACAAAAGGAGCGGGCUCCAUCUCCUCGGUCUAAACCCAGACAUGAAGCGAGCAGCAGAAGCAGCCAUCGUGACGACUCUCCUCCAAAGUACAAGAUCCACAGCUUCAGCCUCCUCAACUACGACAGAGAUCGGCUGGAGAGGAAGCUGGCAGACUACAAAAAGGCGCGACGGGAUCCUCCAUCUGACCUCAUCCAUCAGUACAAAGAGGUCACGCACAGACUGCAGUGGCAGAAAGCACAGCUGGAGAGAGGCUCUACGACUCUGCUGACAGAGUAUGAAAAUGUGCUGCGGCGUCUGGCACAUGGACUCUCUGACUCGGUGAAGAAAUUCUCCAGCCAAGGAAACAGGGAUGCUGCUAAGGAUGCACUGGGCAGAUUGAAGAUGGUGGAAAACGAGCUGGAAUCUCUGAAAAGGAAACGCACAGGAUGAGAUGGAGAGUGAGGGAGUGGAGACUUGGCUUGAGUACUGUUAUAUCAUCUGUCUAUACAAACACUACAGCGGGUACUUUAUGAAUCUUGAGCGUGAAUCCAUGCUGCUUGUGUUCAGAACAACUGCAUGACCCAACCUGAUAAUUCAGUCAUUUGAUCUUACAGUAUCACCUGUGUCACUUGUGGUUCAUCUCCUGCCACAGUAAUCAAACAAUAAAUCUGUAACUAGCAUGGGACGCAAGCCUUAAAACAAGCAUUAAAAUCAUAUGAAGGCUUAUUUGCACUUAAGGACUAACACUACAUAAAGCUGCUUUUAAUUCGGCUUACAGACCUUACCUGUGCAAUGUUUUGAUUCCCGUCUUUCCUCUGAGAAUUUUUGGUUAUAAGACUUCAAGUUUACACCUGGCACCAGCUCAGAGAGCCCUUUGGUGUCCAGGGAUGACCAAAAAUAGUGUGAGUGUGCGAGUGCGUGCCCAGAAGUGUGUUUAACCAAUGGACUGAGGUGAUUUUAACCCCUUAUUCCAUAUUUUAUGUGUGUAAUGAGCUUAAUCUAAUCUGUCUGCUCCAGUGUUCCCAGAUUACAGUAAUCUACUCCGUUUGGAGUGGUGUGAUAUGGGAAUAAAAAAAUAAAAAAAACGGGGCUUGAGGGCACUGCAGCCUACAUCCCAUAAUGAGGGAUUAGUGUUUGUGUCACCAAGGAGACGACUAGAUCAGACGUAGAGUCGCCUUUGGGGCUGGGGAGAGGGGGUGUUAACGGCGUGCCAUGAAUGCGGUCGAGGCUUAGCCCUGCGAAAGGAUUGCUUUUUCUUCUUUUUUUUCCUCAUCAGCUGUUUCUUCUUUGUUGUCUCCCUCAUCUUCACUGUCUUCACACUAAUUCCUUUACAUUUAUCCACAGAUUUUUCUGAGUCAUGAGUAAUAGGCUGCUCCUCUUGGAUUUCCUUUAAACUCUAAACAAUAUUAAGUCCACUGUGCUGUUGAUUUAGAAAAUAAUUAACAGCUGCUGGUUCAGUCGGCCGCUAUGUCCCACAGAUUUUGGCAGAUGCAGUGUGUAAAAACCAGACUGUGUUCCACAAAGAUCUCCAGUGGUAGCACACUGAAUGUUCUGCCCACAAGAAGACCAUCAUAUGUGUCUGUGAGGCUGCGUAAUUGCUCAUUUCUAUUUUCUAUUCCCCCACAGACAUCCCUGUCACAGUCGUCUUUCUCGUUCGUCUUUCCUUAAAAAUGUUAUCAAACCAUGAAGGGGACAAACUGCCCUGUUUCCUCUUCCUCUGUGUUGAUCUCUCUGGAUACAUGUUUCCUCCGUGUGUUUGACAACAUGCUAACCUGAUUCUGUUGAUCCACAUUAAUUGCAUGGAGCCAGGAUGUAGCAGAGCACUAUAAAUAAGCCUUACUGUAUGUUUUUAUUUGGCUCUCUGCUAACAGUGUUGUGGUCACGUGACACAGCAGGGGAUCAUGUGUUUGCCCUAAUCCACCAACUGCAUCACCCCAUUAACAAAUAAUCCAGGCUAACGUUGACCUGAUAUUGCCCUGUAAACACUGUUUGGAUUUUUAUGUAACACCCCUGCCCCCACACCCCAACUUUUUAAAUGAUCAGUGUUUUCUGACUGUUAUGAGAAGGACGCAUAAAUCCCUGCUUGUAGCAAAAUAGUCAUUUUUACUUCAAUAUAGUGAGACCAAGAUGUUUAAAGGACUACAGCACUGUGUUUACAACCCCUACCCUUAUUUCUUCUGCUGCACAGUUUCACAUUGAAAAUAUUGUGCCAGCUGUUUUUGGCAGCCAUCUUUUCCCAUUAAUAUCUGUGCUGUAUGCAUCAUUUAGCAGACUCGUGAAACUUGCUUGAAGCUAAGCGAAACAGUGAGGCCCAUUAAGCCAAGUAAUCCAUCAAAUUAAGCGUCAGCUCUCAGUGUUGUAUCAUGCAGCAGUGUAAAUUAAAAUCCAAUUCUGUUGAACAGUUCUGGGUUAGAAGAAAAAAUAACUUUGACAAAAAUUAAUGAAGGCUUGAGGGAUUAACUCUAGCAAAUUUAAAGCUCCUCUGAGGAUUUUUGUAUCUAAAUAAUAAUAAUUCUAAUAAUAAAAUAUGGAUUGCCCCUAUAUGAACUCAAAAAAGCAAAUAGACUAUCAACAACUUAAACUGCUUCUAUAUUGUCACUUUUACUGCCUGAAAGCGCUGCCACAGGGUAGGUGACACUGAUUGGCUGUAUGCCGCCAAAACAGCCCUCUUUAUUAAUUCACAACAAAGACCUUUUACAGAUGAUAUGUUUGAUUUUAAAGUUAUAUUUUUGGGGCAUUUUCCCCUUUAAUGGACAGGACAGCUGAGGAGAGACAGGAAAUGUGGAGAGUAGAGAGCGGGGGAGGACAUGCAGUGAAUGGUCGAGGCUGGAAUCAAACCUGCCACCUCUGCGAUGAGGGCUGUGGCCUCUGUAUAUGUGGUGCGUGCUUAGACCGCUAGGCCAACGGCGCCCGAUAAGUUUGAAUUUAGAUAAAAAAGCGGAAUACAUUUUUGAUAUUACACCCCCCACAUAUGUGUAAAAUAAAAAUAGCAAAGAUUGCUUUGUCCACAGGGGCCACCAAAUCACCCCAAACUAGAAGUUCCUCAUAGGAGCUUUAAGAAGUUAUCCUAACUGGCAGUAAAUAUAAUUAAUUGGCUGCUUGAAACUGUUCAAUAAUAAUUUUACAUGUGGUCUAUAAAACACCAGAUAAUGGGUAUUAUUUUCAAAAAUGCAGUGAACACCUUCAAAUGUAAUGUGUUCUUCUACUAACCUUUAAUUUAAAAACACAUCAGACAAUUUUGAUUCUGAAAGUGCUCAUGUUUAGCAUUAUUUGGUGGCUUGAAAAAUGACUUUAAUAUCAGUUUGAUUAAUCAGUGAAUUUUUCAUAUGUUAAAACAACGAUUUUAAUUUCUUCUGUAGUGAAAACCUUUAAAAUCCAGGCUGCAUCACUCCCAUGUUGCUCCUGCCUCUUUCACUCCGAAACCUUUAACCCCAUGUAACCCCACACACACCAACACACACUCCUUCCACAUCACUCGGGUAACCUCGUGGCCUCUGAGGCUGUGCGGUUGUCAUGGCCACGAGCUCAUCGGCAUUCAGUGUGGUAGUUUUGAUGGUCAGGAGCGAGGGAGAGGGACAUAUUGUUAAAGUUUGUCCUGCUGUUGACUCUUUUCUCCUUUCUGGCAUUUCAGAAAACCUCACACACACUCUUUAUCCUUCCUUUCUUUCUUACGUUUUCUCUCUUCUGUUGUUUUUUCUUUGUUCUUAUUUGUCUUUACUCCGUUUAAAGAAAGAAAGUUUGGUGAAUGGAUUUUAUCUUCAGCUGCAGUAAAUGUAUUCAUCUGGGCUUGGGAAGAAACAUGUUAUACUGAUGACAUUUGUUAUGUCUGCUCAUGAAUGUCAUUAAGGGCAAUCAAUAUAAAUGAAUAUUUAUAUACAGUAAAUACAGCAUAAUAUGCUCUGUCUCUAUUUUCGGUGUAUGUCAUGAUGAUUCGUGCAGCUCAAAGUGGGAAUGUAUGGAAGCCUUAAUGUUAAGGACUUCUGUUUUAUGUAUGAGGUUGUUGUAAACAUGAAUAAAAUGGUGAUAAAGCUGA